GUGGGAGUUCUUGGUGUCGUGUACGGUGUACGCUUACCGUUUACGCGGCGCCGUCGCCGAUCCACUUGCUUCUCCAGCUCCCAACCUGCACGUCCCCCCGUCCUCGCUCCAAAACUCCACCAAGUACCAGCCGCCGCCGAUCACCGCCCGCCAUGGCGCCGCCCCCUACCUGUGGUCCCGGCUCGCCGCAGCGGCGGCUCUUCCAGGCGGCGGCCGACGGCAACCUCCAUCUCUUCAAGAGGACUGCGAGCGCGCUGGACGCCGGGAGGGGCCGCCUCAGGGAGGCGGUCGAGGCCGUGAGGAGCCGCGGUGCCAGGGCGCUGCACGUCGCCGCGGGCCACGGGAGGAUGUCGGUGUGCUCGUACCUCGUCGAGGAGCUCCUCGUGGACGUCAACGCGUCCGACGACUCAGGAGAUACACCUCUGGCCUAUGCAGUUCGUAGUGGCACUUUGGACACUGUGCAAUAUCUUCUUGAUCAUGAUGCUAAUCCAGAUAAGCCUAAUGGAAAAGGGUCUACCCCUCUCCAUUUAGCUGCUGCAGGAGGAAGUUGUGAAAUGUUGAAAGCCUUACUCUCAAAAGGGGCCAAUGUUGAUUCAUUUUGUGUUACUGGGACACCAUUGCAUAUGGCUGCUUACUUUAAACAGGAUGGUGCUAUGAAGAUUUUGUUGGACCACAAUGCAGAUUGUAACAAGGUAGUUAACACAGUCUGCACUCCGCUUUUCAUGGCACUCUCUGCUGGCUCACUUAAAUGUGUGAAGCUUCUGAUUAAGGCUGGUGCUGAUGUGAAGGGUGUUGGCACUGUAACUCCCUUAAUAAUUGCUGCCAACGAGGGCUUAACUGACUUCUACAAUUGCUUACUGGAGGCUGGUGCAGAUCCUGAUGUUCGUGAUGAUUUUGGUCACCUUCCAAUUGAACUUGCUGCAUAUAAAAACAGAAGGAAAGAUGUUGAGAUUCUACUUCCAGUAACUUCACGUGUUCCAUAUGUUCAUGAUUGGAGCGUCGAUGGGAUAAUCAAUUUUGUGAAAUCAAUGCCAUCCGUCGAGGAUGAUUCCAUGUACAAAAUGAAACCAGAUGAUCUCAAGUUAGAAGGAAGCAAGGCUUACAAGAGAAAGGAUUAUGCUACUGCUGUAAAACUCUACUCUAUGGCAGCAGAUCAGUGCCCUGAUGACUCAACCUUGUACUCAAAUAGGUGCCUUUGCUGGCUUAAGAUGGGUGAAGGGGACCAAGCGUUGAGUGAUUCUGGAAUUUGCAGGAUGCAGCGCCCUGGCUGGGCAAAGGCUUGCUACCUGCAAGGAGCUGCUCAGAUGUUACUUAAGGACUAUGAAAAGGCAUGCGAUGCAUUUCUUGAUGGUCUCAAACUGGACCCAGCAAAUGUUGAGAUUGAGAAAGCGUUAUGGGAGGCCAUCAACUGCUUGAAGACAUCUCACACAACCAAGUAAUUUGUCAGAUCUCUCUUUUGCCAAGGGGUUACUCCAGAAGUUCCAUGACUUUCGCUAGUUCCUCAUCAACGUGUAAAGGGUUGUUGAGUUUACAACCCCUCCGGUCUUGUUAAUAUGAGUUCUUUGAUUCGUCCUGCUAACUCUCGAUUAGGUCAUGAAGAAUUAUCAAGUCUCUUCUUUCUGCGUGUGCUAGGUCGUACUAGGUAGUAUUUGCUUGGAAAUGCUGGCCUUGUAGGUCUCGUAAUGUCAUAACACCAUGACCCUUAUUUUUUAUCAGCUCUCAACCCAACUCUGCGCUACUAUGUGCUGAUAAAAAGUACACUAUAUAGAGUUGUUGGAUCAUGUAUUUAUUGCGACUUGCA